AUGCAUUUAGAACAGAACAGCCGAAACCAAUCUCGAAAUGGUUUAGCGCGGAAAACUCCACUUGUGUUCGAAGGAACUUCGGACCCCCUGAUGGCAGAGGAAUGGGUCAGCAUGCUAGAAAUAAUCUUUGACUUUGUGGCGGCUACCGAAAGAGAAAAGGUAAUCUGGGCAGUGUAUAUGUUAAGGAAGGAUGUCCGCAUAUGGUGGGAUAUUGCUACAAAAGGACGUGACGUGGCACGAAUGGAAUGGGCAGAAUUUCUAGUCAUGUUUAAUGCCAAGUACUACAACCAGACAGUGAUAGAUCAGAAGGUGGUUGAGUUUGCCAACCUAGUCCAAGGGUCAUCUAGCAUACAGGAGUAUGUGCAGAAGUUUGACCAUCUCUCAAGAUUUGCUCCGGAUCUGAGCGAAUGUUCUGGGAGAUUUGCAUCCAGAGGAAACCAAAGUAUGGGGAAGACCAACACUCCAGGAAACUCUCGGUUUUCCAAUGGUGGAAAUAGUAAACGAAGAAUGGAGCCACCAAGGAACUGCCCGACUCGUAGUCAAAAGGAAGGAAACAACCAACCAAAGCAAGUAGGAACUGUACCACGAGUCUAUGCACUCACCCAAGGUGAUAAAGGAGAUGAAACUUCUGACAUGGUGUCAAGUCAGCUUCCUAUGGCUAAUAACUCAGCAUAUGCAUUAAUGGACAUUGGUGCAUCACAUUCUUUUAUUGUUGCAUCUUUUGUUGAUAAGAUCGAUAGGAAGCAUGAGACUAUGGUAAAUGUAUGUGGUGUAUCCUUACCUUUGGUGGAGGAUAUGAUGGUAUGGUCUUGGGUUAGAGCCGUACUAGUCUGGGUGAAAGGUUUGGAGUUGACCGUGGAUUUGCUAGUGUUAUAUUUACAUGAGUACGAUGUUUAUUUUGGUAUGGAUUGGCUAACCAAAUACGGGGUCGUUGUAAAUUGCAAACAAAGAAAUGUGACUUUUAAUCCACCAGGGGAAGAACCGUUCAUGUUCCAAGGCACAGCCCGCGAGAAUAAUUUCGCUAUAAUCUCCACCUUGAAGGCUAGGAAAUUAUUGGAAGAUGGAUGUAUCGACUACUUGACGAACGUAAUAGACAAGGAUAGGGAGUCUAAGCUACAACAAACUGAGGUAGGCAAAUUUCUAGAAGUGCUUUCUGAGGAUCUACCAGGGAUCCUCUCGGACUGA